AUGUCUUUUCGUCGUAUAAAAUAUGUAACACCAUUACAUUAUGAAAUUGAACUAACACCCGAUCUAGAACAUGCCUAUUUUGAGGGAAUAGUUAAAAUUGAUUUCGUGUUAAAUAAAGAGAAUAUCACACAAUUAACAUUGUACUCAUCCAAUCUCAUUAUUGAAUCAGACUUUGUUCGUAUCUAUUCGUUAUCAUCUUCCUCUAUUGUCGAAUGGAAACCAACUGUUAUAGUAAAUGAAAAACAUGAAACUGUAGAAUUUAAUAUAAAUCAAUAUCAGAAAACAUUUUUGUUAAAUGAAACAUAUCGAAUUGAAAUUAAAUUUAAUGGACAAUUACAAACGUCACAAUUACAUGGAUUUUAUCGUUCUGAGCAUCCUAAAGUCGAGGAUAAUGAUAUAAACGUUCAAAAAAAUUAUUAUGCUAUCACACAAAUGUCACCUACACAUUGUCGACGAGUAUUUCCAUGUCUCGAUGAACCAUCAUUUCGUACAACAUUCGAUGUUAUUCUCAAUGUACCUCAGCAUCUAUUGGCUUUAUCAAAUAUGCCUAUUUUAUCUGAAAAAUUAAUUGAAACAAAUAUAAAAUGUGUGCAAUUUCAACGUACACCAAUUAUGCCAACAUUUUUAUUAUGUUUUAUUGUUGGACAAUUUGAUAUAUUGAGAGCAGAUCCAAUUCAGUUGAAUGAAUCCGCAACAAUAACAACAACAACAACAUCUUCAGCAUCCAUUACUGCUCAAGAUGUAAAAACGACAAGAAAAAUCGAUUUAUGUGCUUACACCUUACCUGGUAAAGCGAAUGAUGCAUUAUUUGCAUUGAAAUGUGCUCGACGUGCAUUAUAUUAUUUUUCUGAGUUAUUUCAAUUAAAUUAUCCUUUACCGAAAUUAGAUUUAAUAACUGUACCAGAUUUAUAUUAUCCGGCUAUGGAAAAUUGGGGCUUAGUUACAUUUAAAGAAGAAGAAUUACUACUCAGUGAUAAAUGUUCAAAUGACAUUCAGUAUCGUAAUGUUUGUCAAUCUAUUACACAUGAAAUAGCUCAUCAAUGGUUUGGUAAUCUUGUCAGUAUCAAUUGGUGGAAUGAUGUUUAUGUUAUUGAAGGUUUUGCAAAAUGGUUUGAAUAUUUGGCCACAGAUUAUUGUUUACCAGAAGUGAAUGUUUUCUCAGAAUUUUUUUAUACACAAUAUAUACGUUAUUUUGAAUAUCAUUUAAAUACGUUACAUAUUGAACCAGAGGAUAUUGAUGAAAAAACAUUUUCAUUUGAAGGUUAUAUUUAUUCAAAAGGUUCAUGUCUUAUGCGUAUGAUUCAUUUAUUUAUUGGUGAAGAAGCAUUUUUAACAGCAACAAGAUAUUAUUUAAGAAAAUUUCAAUAUUCAACUGCAACUGCCAAUGAUUUUUGGCUAUGUAUCGAAGAAAUAACACAUUUACCAAUACGUUCAUGCGAUAUUGAAUUAAAACAAGUCAGCUAUUGUCAGGGUUACAAUCAAAAACGUAUAGCAUGUGUUUUUGAACAGCCUACAUCACCGGACAUACUCACAGACAAUAUUUGUUCUUGUCACGUGAGAAAAAAUGAAAAUUAUUCUUGUCGUCGAAUUACGCGAUCAAAAAGCGACUCAUUUACUUCUGUAAUAUCUAAUCAAUUGUGUGAAUUAAAUAGUACAAAUGUAUCAUCAUUGAGUAUUCAUCUCAAGUCUACAACUAUUUCAAAUGGUCUUCCAAGACGUACAACGGUAUCAAAUGACCAAUUUUUUCUCAAAUUCGAUCAUAAUCUUAAUAGAAAUCAUUGUUAUGAUGAUAAUGAGUGUUGGAUAAUACCCGUUACAAUUCUCUGUUAUGAUCAAAAGUCAGUAGCACCACCAACUAUUGAAAAAUUUCUCAUAGAUAAACAACGAGUCGUCGUUCAUCUGAAAACUACACAUUUCAAAGUGAAUGCCACUUGUAGUGGUACCUAUCGUGUAUUGUACAGUGAUGAUAUAUUGAAAAAUUAUUUACAAAAAGCAAUCAAGACAAAUCAGAUAAAUGAGUACGAUCGUUUUGAUAUUGAGAAUGAUUUACAUUCAUUAGUUAUGGGUGGUUUUUCAUCGUUAGUCAACUAUUUACGUUUAUUAUUUUGUUAUAUACAUGAAACUGACGAGGAAACAGUUUGGAAAGAUAUUGAAUCGAAUAUAAUUCGAAUAGCGACAAUGUUAGAAUAUGAUCAAUCAUUAGUUGAAUAUUAUAGAAGAUACAUUAUUGACAUACAUAAAACAUUAUAUUAUAAACUGGGUUGGACAGCUGAUAUUGGUGAAUCAACAUCACGUUCACGUCUACGUUCAUUUAUUUUAAUCAUAUUAGGUACCGUUGGUUAUGAUGAAGACAUUAUUAGUGAAGUUCGUCGACGUUUUCUAUCGUAUAUGAAUGAUCCAAAUGAACCUAUUUGUUGGCCCAUUUGUGCUAUAAUUGCUCAUCAUGCAUCUGAAAAUGAUUUUAUUAAUUUAAUUAAAGUAUAUGUUCAACGUGAUAAACAUGAUGAUCGUUUACGUUGUCUAUUUGGUUUAAGUUAUGUACAAAAUCCAAAAUUUAUAAAACGUACAUUAGACUUAAUAUCAUUCGCACAAAUUCGUCUUCAUGAACGUAUUGAAGCGUAUAAAGGUUUUUGUUUGAGUAAAGUGGGUCGCGAUUAUUAUCGUCGUUAUAUUGAAGAAAAUUGGCAGUUCUUUCGAUCAAACUACAAUGAUGAAUAUUUAGAAGCAAUAAUACGUGAAACAUUUGGGUAUUUUUCAACAACGAGUGAAGCAGAUCGUAUUGAAGAUUUUUUCCAAAAAUAUGAACAAUUUCAUGAAAAAUAUAAUAUUACUACUACAAAAACUAGCGGUACCACCAAUAAUCACAAUGUUAACAUGUUAAUAUUAUCACCAUUGUCAUCCAUUACUGAUUUGUCAGAUUGUUCUGAUGAUCUUUCAGGUUGUACAACGACAACAACAUCUCCACACCCCAUUAUACCACUAAAAUUAAAAGAAGUGGCAUCAAUUAUAGCUCAUACAACUCGUACACGUGCCUCGGUGUUAAAACGAAAUCGUCAUCAUUUAUUAAAAUUUUUUCAACAUGAGUAUCCAAAAUUAAGAGUCGAAUAUUGUAUGAAUAAUACUCAAUCAUUCUUCGAAACACCUCCAGAAGUCGAUUUAGCACUUCGCGUAUCACAUACGACAAAUGGAACGGAAACUAUAACAAAUGACACACAAAAUGGUAGAAAAAGAAAAAUAUCCAUAACAGAUUCUCAAAAUACAGUAUCGUCAGUACGAAAAGUUCUACGAUUAUCAUCAACUGAUGAGUAG